ACUUAUAAUUUUUUUUCCUGAAUUUCUAGUAUUUAUUUGACUUGCGCAACCGUGGAGCCCUAAGACUCUGAGGUAAAUUGCGGAGGAGUAAUCAUCGGAGAGACGAACUUCUCGGAGGAAGAAGCUUCCGAUUAUAUCACUAUAAUCCUAAUUUUGGAAUUCGUAAGUUAAUUAGUCGAAAUUAGGAUCUAGGGUUUGGGUUUUUGGGUUCAUUCGGAUUCAUUUCUGCAAAUUUGGGCUGAUCAUGGCGCUAAGGAUAGUCGCUUUAAUGCGUAUUCGUAAGCAUAUCCGUCGCGAGACUGCUUCAUGGUUUAAUUUAUAAGGCGUAAGGUUCGGUGAGCGGUUGGUUUUAUUUAUGUUCAUUUUGGAUCAGCCUGGAGAACAAGUGUUGUAUGCCUGUUGAUUCGUCAUGAAAAAGAAUCAUUCGGGUUCUCCUUCUGGGAAGAAGAGUAAGAAGCUUGCUGCAAUAUGCGAGGAGGAAUACAAAAAAAACCAUGGAGAGUCGCUGGAUAGAGAUGGUGGGUCUGGGUUAGCUUGUGCUGACUCUGAACUUCGGCGGAGCUCUAGGGUCAGGAAGAUACCGUCCAUCUUGGACGCUUCUCCUCCGCCUCCGAAGAAAAGGCAGCGUUUAAAUAAACACGUAGAUAGGAGUUCUAGUAGUAUAAAGAAAGGGAAACGAAAUGAGGAUGAGGAUGAGGAUACCCUGGAUGGUUGGAAAUCCAGGUUGAGGUCAAGGAGGAAGAACGUUGGUUCCCAAGCGAGUGGGAGACAGAGACGUGUGGUCAAGGGGAAAAGAAAGCUCGUUUUCAGAAACCGUGCCUGUGAGUUGAGUGACAAAGCAGUGGAAAGUGACAGGGAAGAGGAAAGAAGAGCCCCUCUAGGUGGGGGGCUGAUUAAAACAAAAAAGCCAGUGGAUGUUAAAGAAUCGGAAUGUUCGGAAGAUGGGGAAAAAGAGUCCGAUACCAGUAAUUCGGAAGAUGAGAGUGCUAGCGAGUCAGAGGAAUCAAUGCAGGCUGACAGUGAAGAUAGAGAGGAAGUUGAGGAGAAGAUGGCUACCAAAAGAUCCGUUGUUUUAGAUAGUGAGAAUGAAGCUGAAGUUGAUGGAACGGAGACUGAGAGCGAGGUUGGAACAGACAGUACUGACAAUGAGAUUGAUGAUAGUGAUGAAGAGGGGGAAAGCGAGACACAAGGUAGUGCAGAGAAGACAGGAAGUGAGACUGAAGCUAAUGUGGAGGAAAUGAGAGCUGAUACUAAUGUUAGGAUGGAAGCAGUACAAAAUGAAAGUCGGAAUCAAAUGGAAGAAUUGGAAAAUGAGAUUGAGAUGGGAGUUGAAGAUGAGAAUAAGGAGAUGUGUGUAAUGGUUUCGGAAAGUGGAAAUGGCACUGGUGUGCUAGAAGAUGAGAAUAAGGACAUGGGUGUAGGGGUUUCCGGAAGUGGAAAUGGCACUGGUAUACUAGAAGAUGAUAGCAAUUUUGCUGCUAAAGUUAAGAACAGAGAAGGAGAUACUUUACAUCCUGAACUACUUCGUGAAGCUAGCAUCGAGGUUAAUGAGAGUUUGGAGCAGAAUGAUGACAUCGGAGAGCAAGGUGUUUCUAGAACACCAUCCAAUAAUAAGACCAAGGAACAUAGUGAGUUUCUUGAUAGAGGGAGUGAAAGUGUGGAAAUGCUUGACGAGUUACCUAUUCAGAAUGAAACGUGCAAGAAGGCAGUUGACUCAGUUUCCACUUCAUCAGAUAGACUAGGUAAACCUCUCUUCAAACAAACCAGACGCUGUGGUUUAUGUGGAGUUGGUACUGAUGGCAAACGCCCGAAGAAGUUGAUGCAAGAUAAUGGUGACAGUGACGUAGAGGCACAUAGUGGGUCUUCAUCUUCAGAGGAGCAAAACUAUGACAUAUUGGAUGGUUUUGGCGAUGAUCCUGGAUGGCUAGGCCGUCUAUUGGGCCCUAUAAACGAUCGUUAUGGAAUUUCUGGAACUUGGGUUCAUCAGAACUGUGCCGUAUGGAGUCCCGAGGUUUAUUUUGCUGGUGUAGGAUGCUUAAAGAAUAUAAGGGCGGCACUUUUCAGAGGGAGGUCAUUAAAAUGCACUCGCUGUGCAAGACCUGGGGCAACCAUUGGUUGUCGAGUUGAUCGAUGUCCAAGAACCUAUCAUUUGCCUUGUGCACGAGCUAAUGGUUGCAUCUUUGAUCACCGUAAAUUUCUCAUUGCUUGCACAGACCAUAGACAUCAUUUCCAACCCCAUGGUCGCCAGUGUCAAGUCAGACUGACGAAGAUGAAAACCAAGAGGAUGCGACUGGAGAUGAAGAAGCACUCAAAUGAUGCCUGGCGCAAGGAUGUGGAAGCGGAAGAAAAGUGGUUUGAGAAAUGUGGUGAAGAUGAAGAAUUUUUAAAACGUGAAAGCAAGAGACUGCAUCGAGAUCUAUUAAGAGUUGCUCCUGAGUAUAUUGGAGGUUCUGAUUCUGAGAGUGGAAAGGCAUUUGAGGGAUGGGACUCUGUUGCUGGGCUUGAAGGUGUUACUCAAUGUAUGAAAGAGGUUGUUCUUAUACCCUUACUGUAUCCAGAAUUCUUUGAUAACCUUGGACUUACACCUCCAAGAGGUAUCCUCUUACAUGGACAUCCUGGAACUGGAAAAACUCUUGUGGUUCGAGCGCUGAUCGGUUCCCUUGCUCGUGGUAAUAGACGAAUUGCCUACUUUGCCCGCAAAGGGGCAGACUGUCUGGGAAAAUACGUUGGUGAUGCUGAGCGCCAGUUGAGGCUCUUGUUUCAGGUCGCUGAAAAAUGCCAACCAUCCAUCAUAUUUUUUGAUGAAAUAGAUGGUCUCGCUCCCAAGCGGUCAAGGCAGCAAGAUCAAACUCAUAGCUCCGUUGUAUCCACAUUGCUGGCUUUACUAGAUGGCUUAAAGUCUCGUGGCUCAGUGGUGGUCAUAGGUGCAACAAACUACCCUGAUGCUAUUGACCCAGCAUUAAGGAGGCCUGGGAGGUUUGAUAGGGAGAUCUAUUUUCCACUACCAUCAGUCGACGAUAGGGCUGCAAUCAUCUCACUCCAUACUAGGAAGUGGCCCAAGCCGGUGUCUGGAUACUUGCUCAAGUGGGUUGCUAAAGAAACUGCCGGUUUUGCUGGUGCAGAUAUACAAGCUCUCUGCACACAAGCUGCCAUGAUUGCCUUAAAUAGGAGUUUCCCUUUACAAGAAUCUUUGGCCGCUGCAGAGUUGGGAGUGUCUAGUAGUAAUCGUGCUGCUCUUCCAUCCUUCUCAGUUGAAGAAAGAGAUUGGUUGGAAGCUUUAUCCCGCUCCCCACCCCCAUGUUCACGUAGAGGAGCAGGAAUAGCAGCUAGCGAUAUAUUUUCUUCUCCCCUUCCUACUUACUUGGUGCCUUCUUUAUUGCCGGCAUUGUGUUCUUUACUUGUUGCCCUUCAUCUUGAAGAACGUAUUUUGCUACCUCCUCUUCUUUCCAAAGCUGCGGUUGAUGUCCAAAAUGUGAUCCGUUCUGCUUUGAGCGACAAGAAGAUAACUGAGGGUUGUUGGUGGUCUCAUGUUGCUACCCUUCUCCAUGAAGUAGAUGUUGUAAAGGAUAUAGUACAAAGACUUUCUUAUACUGGGAUACUGGAUGGAGGAUCUGACUUGGUUAGAUCUGUUGCAAGCAUUCCUGGUACUGGCGACUGUAGUUUGGGUUCUGCACAAUUCAUGGUACAUAGAGUCUGCCGACGUCCUGGGCUUUUGGGGAAUGCUUCUGUAGAAACAACGAGCAAGUCAGGGUUCCAACUGCUUAUUGCUGGAGGUCCUAAAUCUGGUCAACGACAUCUUGUUUCUUGUAUCUUGCAUUGUUUUAUUGGAAAUGCAGAGAUGCAGAAGAUAGACACCGCAACAAUUUCACAAGAAGGAAAUGGGGAUCUGGUGCUAGGCGUAACUCACUUAUUAAUUAAAUGUGCAAGCAGGAAAUCAUGUGUUGUAUUCAUGCCAAGAAUUGACUUGUGGGCAGUAGAGACAGAAACUCCACUGAAUAAGGGAAUUGAGUGUGAUGAUGCUUCUUUAAAGGAGAAUUGUUAUUCCCUUUUUCGAGAAAUGGGAGAGGAAAAGGCAUUACAGAAUGCUGUUCGAGUUUCACAUGCUUGGAACACAUUUUUUGAGCAAGUAGAAUCAUUGCGAGUUUCCACAAAGAUGAUGAUUCUGGCUACUUCUGGCAUGCCCUACAAACUCCUGCCUCCUAAGAUACAACAAUUCUUUAAGACCGACCUAUCAAAGGAGUAUCAGCCAACUAUGUCUGAGGCUGUUCCACAAUUCAAUGUACAAGUUGUUGAAAGUUCUGAUCAUGAUAUAGCCAUUGACCUGUCUGCUACUGAGUUGUCAAGGCGGGCAAUCCAGGUGUUUCUUCAUUUGGUGCAUCAGGGAACCCAUACUCACUGUGGCUUACAGAAGAAAUACAAAAGAGAGAAUCCUGACCAGGGUUGCAGAGAUGCAGCUUAUCAGAAUAAUACUGAUCAUGGCGCAGGGGAAGAAGCAGGUGUUAAAUCAAAACCUCUUGAUGAUGGUUCUUUAAAAGUUCCACCAUUACCUAUCAACAUAAAUGUGAAAGCAAAAUCAAGCCUGCAAUUAGCUGUCUCCACAUUUGGUUAUCAAAUACUACAGUAUCCUCAAUUUGCUGAACUUUGUUGGGUGACAUCAAAGCUUAAGGAAGGGCCAAGUGCAGAUGUUUCUGGUCCUUGGAGGGGAUGGCCAUUUAAUUCGUGUAUCACUCGCCCUUGUAAUUCCUCAGAGCAGACUAUUACUUCUUCCGAUUCCAACAAUGUUAAAGGCAAAGAUUCAACUGGCAUUGUCAGAGGUCUUACUGCAGUUGGAUUAUCAGCAUAUAGAGGAACCUAUAUAUCACUGAGGGAAGUCUCCUUUGAGGUACGGAAAGUUCUGGAGCUCUUAGUUGGACGGAUCAAUGUUAAAAUCAACGCUGGAAAGGACAGAUGUCGAUAUAUUCGAAUUUUGUCUCAAGUUGCUUAUCUGGAAGAUCUGGUUAAUAGUUGGGUAUAUGCGAUGCGAAGUUUUGAAUCAACCACUCAAACAGAGUCGGCGAAUCCAUUGCCUUGUUCUGUAGUCAAUCCAUCAGUGAGGAAUGAGCCAACUGAGCAAGGAACAUCUGAUCAAUCAAAAGGGUCAGAAGAAGACCUGAAAGAAGAUACCCAAAACACGAAUUGUCCAGACCCUAUAGCAUCUAGUAAUCUUACCGACACUCAUCAGCCAGUUGUAGAGAUUGCAAAUGGUCAUAGUGGAACAAAUCAUGAACCUUUUCUUGAAGAUACUGGACAUCUUACAACCCACAGUACGGAUGGCUUAACUUUGGUCAAAGAGAAUGUUGAUGUUAUUUCGAAUACUGAAAUGGUGAUUGAGGAUUCAGGAGUGAGUUCCUUUCGGCAGGCUGUUCUCCUUGAUCUUAACUCUCCUGCAGCUGACCAUGAACAGAAUGAAACUCCCCAUGGAUCAUGCGAGGUAGAAACUACAGGAACAGUAAUUUCUUUGCAAGGAAAAGCUGAUUCCCUAGACAAUCGUAAUGGAUCUGAGGAUCCCAAUUCUAUCUCCCUGAAAGAUCCCCACAAAUCAGCUGACUCAAAUAACGGUAAUGCCGGGGACGGAGUUCAUGGCUUGGAAUCUGCAAACAACAUGCCUGAACCAGUUGAACAAGUUGAAACAACUGCAAGAACCAAUCCUCUGGAUGACCCUAGUUUGGUGUGUUUGUACCGUUGCUGCUCCCAGUGUGUCUCCAUCCUCCAAGAUUCAAUGCAUAAAUUAGUUACUCGCGAAUUGAGACUUGGUAGGAGUUCCAUCACAACAGACGGUAUACAUGAUGCGGUUUCUUCAUUAUCAGUGGAGCUUAUUGCUGCUGUUAGAAAGUUCAUCUCUGCGAAAAACAAUGGUACUAUGCAGGAAGCGAAGGUCGAAGAUCAUGAGGAAUGUCCAGAAAAGGAAGCAUGUUCUUGCAAAAGCUUAUCCGGUAAAUUUCUUGCCUCUGUGGAAUGUUGCAGUCAUUCUGCUGAAUUGCAAGGGAGCUUAGAUGAAGGAAAUACAUAUCCAAGCCAUAAGACUUGGCUUGAACCAUUAUUCGUUUUCAGAGAUGGAAUAUUGGUUCCGGUAAGUACUGAAGAUGACCGCUCUUUGCAUUGUAAAUAUGAUAGAUUCUGCCUUGGUUCUCUCAUAGAGUUGAUUGCAACUGAGAUGAAGCCUUUUUGAUUUGAUUCAUCUGUUAUCUUUUGUUACUCAAAUCAAUUGGUGUCUCUGCCAUUGAUUUUCUGUUACAAGACUGGUGAAAUGUUUAGCUCAGAUAUAAAAAAAAUCAGCAGUUUCUUGGCUCAA